AUGGUGAACAUAUCUCGUCUAGGCCUACUUGGCCUAUCCCUCCUUGCAUCUGCUCAGGCGGCCAAGUAUGGUUACAACCACGUAACCGUUCGCAAGGAUAGUGAUAUUGUGGCUACGAACUUCAAGGACAUUGAGGGCGUCGACUUGCUUUCACCAGCUUUCCUUACCCCGGACACGAUUCCAGAGGGCUUUCCAGACGGCACAAAGGGCCCGACGGACGAUAACCUCCUCGACUCCUUUGUCCAAGGCCUGGCUGACAAGAACGACUGGUUAACCUACAACAAGGCCAACUUCACGUCGGAGGAGGGUCGUCCGUUCCCCUACCUCCACCUCUCUUCCACCAAAUUGUCCCGUAGGGUCUCGAAUUCGACCGGUAAAGUCCGCGUCUGGGUCCAAGGUGCCGUGCAUGGCAACGAGCCUGCCGGAGACCAAUCCCUGUUGGCUCUGCUAGGCGCUCUGGACGCGAAUCAGACAUGGGCUGCCAGUCUCCUUGAUAAGCUCGACAUUGUCAUUCUGCCGCGCUACAACCCCGACGGCGUUUCCUACUUCCAGCGCACGCUGGCCACCAACUACGACCCGAACCGUGACCACGUGAAGCUCGCCCGGAAGCAGACACGUGACAUCAAGUCCCUGUUUGGCGAGUUCAACCCCCACGUCGCCAUCGACAUGCACGAGUACAGCGCCACGUCCCGCUACGGAAGCUAUUACCACGCCGCCGACGGUCUUUUCUCGGCCGCCAAGAACCUCAACAUCCACCCGGAUAUUCGAACGCUGUCUGAAGAGCUCUUCGCUAAGAACAUUGGCACAGCAAUGGAGUCCCGAGGCCUGCGCUGGGAGCCGUACGUGACGGGGUCUACAAGCACCAACCCCGGGUUCAAGCCCACCUUCGCCGAGGCCGGCUCGGACGCCAAGAUCGGCCGCAACGCUAUGGGCCUCACGCAAUGCGUUACCUUCCUCAUCGAGAUGCGCGGUAUCUUCCUCGCGGACCAGGCGUUCCAGCGUCGCACCGUCGCCGGUCUGACAAUGGCCUCGAGCAUUCUACAGACUGCGGCCGACAAUGCCGAGACGGUGUACACGACCAUCGAGUCUUCGAUCGCCGACUUCAAGUCUUCGAACUCGGAGAUCGUCGUCACUGACUCCUCGCCUCUAGUUCAGCGCACUUUCACCAUGGUCAGCAUCAACAACGGCUCCCUCACGCAGGUGCCCAUCAACUUCCUCUCCACCACGCCCGUCACCGCGAACAUCACCCGCGCCCGCCCGGAGGCUUACCUCAUUCCCGUCGCCUGGGCCGAUCUGGCCGAGCGUCUGAGAGUGUCUGGCCUGGAGGUGGAGACGCUCAGCGAGCCGUACAAGGGCACCGUCGAGGCUUACAACAUUACUUCCGCAGUGUUCGAGACCGGAUACUACGAGGGUGUCGUUCGCGCCGAGGUCGCUACAUCGACGCUUACAAAGGAGGUGGACUUGCCUGCCGGCAGUUUCCUCGUGAGCACGAAGCAGAAGAACGCCGCGCUUGCAUUCGUUGCCCUGGAGCCAGAGAACAUUGACUCGUAUGUCAGCUUCAAUAUUGUGCCUGUUGAGCAGGGUGAUGAGUACCCGAUCUACAGGGUUUUGGCCUGA